GCCUCACGAUGAUGAUGAUGUCUGAUUGGCUGCUCUGAUGCAGGGAAAAGGGGGGGGGGGCGAGAGAGAGAGAAAGAGAGAGAGAGAGAGAGAGAGAGAGAGAGAGAGAGACCAUGUCAGUUUUUGGUUGCUCUCCAGCGUUGCCUCAGUAGCCGCAGUGCACUUUGUGCAUCACCACGUGCCCACCGCCCUUUUAUUUAAUGUAGUUAGUUUUUAACUCGGCUUUCCGCCCAACUUCUCUCCCCCCAUCCCUCGCACUUCCCUUUGGACGACCUGGCGACGGCGGCUCACUGAUCCCGAGUGCGUGCAGGUGCGAGCCCAGACGGCGCAGAGCAUGUCCCUGCAGGAGGUGAACGCGAGCGGCUCGUGCGUGGAGCCUUGGAACGUCAGCGUGGACGCGAGCGGCUUGAGCAUGAGCUGCGCCAACGGAUCGGUCCUGCCGAAAUCUGCCAACAGACCCAAAGAGAUGCACACACUUCGCAUUGUGCUCUACACGCUCAUCUUCCUCCUCGGCGUCUUCGGAAACCUGCUCAUCAUCAUCGUUCUGCUUCUCAACAAGCGCAUGAGGACAGUCACUAACUCCUUCCUACUGUCACUCGCUAUCAGCGACCUGAUGAUGGCUAUCUUCUGUAUGCCUUUCACGCUCAUCCCCAACAUCCUAGAGGACUUCAUCUUUGGGGCGGCCAUGUGCAAGACGGUCGCCUACUUCAUGGGGCUCUCUGUCAGCAUCUCCACCUUCAGCCUGGUGGCUAUUGCUAUCGAGCGCUAUAGUGCCAUCUGCAACCCGCUGAAGUCCAGAGCAUGGCAGACUCGAUCCCACGCAUACCGCGUUAUCGUUGCCACCUGGGUACUCUCCCUGCUCAUCAUGAUUCCCUAUCCGGUGUUCAGCAUCAUCAAGACUUUCCCUAAGGCAAAUGGGACAGUGGGGCACAUGUGUCGCCUUACCUGGCCUAGUCAUCAUGCAGAGCAAAGCUGGUAUGUACUUCUGCUGUUCAUUCUGUUCUUCAUUCCCGGAGUGGUGAUGGCCGUAGCCUACGGGCUGAUCUCCAGAGAGCUUUACCGAGGCAUGCGCUUUGAAAUGAAGCAGAAUGAAGCAGAGACUGCCGAGCUGAGAAACGGUACUGUUGCCGAGUCAAACGACGAGGAUGAUGACAACGACGGUUGCUAUGUUCAGGUUCCCCAAAAGGUCUAUGCCAUGGAGCUCCCUACCCUCGCUACCUCGGCUUCAUCAGCUGCUGCUUCUGUCCCGCCCAAGACUGAGCGUGCUCGCAGCAACGCCUCCAAUGCCAAGUUACAGGCCAAAAAGCGUGUCAUUCGGAUGUUGCUAGUGAUAGUGGCGCUCUUUUUCAUUUGUUGGACGCCACUGUACUUUGCCAACACCUGGAAGGCUUUUGCCUUGAAGGAGGCCUCCAAAGCCCUCAAGGGCCCUGCUGUCCACCUUUGCUUGCUGCUGUCGCAACCGUCUGUGCCGCAAGUGCUGCCCAUCCCUUCUGGAGGCGGGAGAGGAUGGCACUGUCGGCUAUUCCAUGGCAGCGACCGUGGCCACUUCGGUGUCGAAGUACAGCAACACCACCGUCAGCUCCACGCCCACCUGAUGAGCCGCCACAAGACUGCAGCUUGGGGCAGGUUUUUUUUUUUUUUAAUUGUACUUUUUACUAUUCAUACUAUUAUGCUGAGCCAUGUUUUUAUUUUUCUGGUCAUUCUGAGAGCAUGUAGAAUGUUAGAUGGGUGAAUGCACCUCAGUUGGCAGAAAUUCUGAUAUCCUGAAGAGAAGUGCCUGAAUUUCUUUUUUGAAUGGGAGGGGAUAAUUUUAUUUUUAAUGGGUCAUUUAUUUCAACAAACCAUUCUACUAGAAACACCUAAAUGGAUCAUCUGGCAUCCUCCUGUUCUCCCCUUAACAGAGAUCUUGUUUUGUUUGAUAUUCAUCACAUUUGUUGUACCUUGUCAAGAGGAAAGCUGUAGCCUCUCUUUUGGACAAAAGGCAGCCCAUACAUUGGACUGGUUGCCAGUCUGUGGGAAUUUAUCUGUCACCCGCUGCACAAAUGUCAGCUAUUUGAACUGCUAUUCUACCAACAGCUUUUUAGAGUAUUUGAGUACUCGAAAUGUGGUCCUCUGAAUCCUACUAGAUACUGUAGUACACAACAGCAAUCUUACUUUUAAUUCUUGCAUGUGUAAUGCACAGCACGUAAAUUCCAUGUAAAUUUGCUUUAGUCAUCUUGAUUAACUUUACUUGUCCACUCUCUGCCUUCAACUGCCAGAGCCAGAAGUGCAAAUUUUGACCUAAACAAAGUCAUAGUAACAGGCGGGAGGUGGGCUUUCACUAGUCUGAUGGCGGUGCUCCUGAGACCGGGACCUGGAUGGUUGCUUGGCAUCAGGGCUCCUCUAUCUGUACAAAAACUAUCAGAGGGGUGUUUUCUGGCAUCAUUUUUGGGCAUUUUGUAAGAAAUAACUUUUAUACUAAGUCCAUAUUAGAGCGUCACUCUGGCGGUUGAAAGAGCCAAAACACGGGAAAAUACAUGUGACAAUUUCAUCUUCAAACACGCCUAUUUUUGAAAGGUAGGAGAACUCUGAGGGGAAACCCCACACAUGAGCCGCUAACAUAGCUAUUAAACUUUAAAGAUGACGUGCAGUAUUUGGACAAAAGUAGUAUUAGAAUAUUUGGGUCAAUACAAUGUUAAAAAAAAAAAUCCAGUUUGUCCCCCUUUGAGUUUCUAUUCUUCAUGGAAGUCUUUGUUGGAAUUGUUGUCCAUUCAUCCAAGAGAGCAUUUAUGGGUUCAGAGAAUAGAUUAUAUCAUACAAAUAGCACUUAAUCCCCAAAGAGGCGGCACGUCUGCCUCACAGUUCUGAGGACCAGGGUUCAAACCCCACCCUUGCCUGUGUGGAGUUUGCGUGUUCUCGCCGUGCCUGCAUGGGUUUUCUCCAGGGACUCCGAUCUCUUCCAAUAUCUCAAAAACAUCUGUGAUAGGCUGACUCUAAAUUUGUCUGUAGGCAUAAAUGGCUGUUUUUUUGCAUGUCCCCUGCCACUGCCUGGUGACCAGUUCAAGGUGUACCCCACCUCACACCCGAAGAUAACUGGGAUAGGCUCCAGAACCCCCAUGACACUAGUGAGGCUAAGUGGUUUGGAAAAUGGAUAAAUGAACAAUCAUAAAAGACUCUCAAAAGGCUAUACAGACCCACAGUUGACAAUGAAUGAUAACAUUCCUGAAUCUAAAUCCCCCCAACUGGGCAAGGGAAAUCUUAGAAUUCCAUUUGGGGGAAAGAGAAACCUGGAGAAGAGACUGUAGAUUGCACCUAUUGGGAUGACCAGGCUGCAAUGGAUGUUAAGUGGGCAACAUUUAUCACAUGGUCUGGUGCUGUACAAGGUUUAUUUCAGUCCAUACUGUAUGUGUUUGAUGAACUUGAAGUCAGGUUAAGUUCUUCUGCACCCAAAGUAUCAAAGAUUGCAUUUACACACGUUGCUUUGUGUACUCUGAAUUUGUGUACUGCUAUUUGGUUGGAACUGACAUUGUUCUGGUACUGAUCCUGAUUGGACCUGUGCGUUCUGAAGAUUUCAUCCAGUAUGGGUGGGGGCAGGUCACAAGUUUUUCUCUGGAAGUUUAUGUCAUACAUUUUAUUAUGCGAUUCUGCAUGUUAAACUACUCAAUAGUGGAACAAAGUCUUAAGAUGUGGUGCAAACUUUUUUUUGUCCUCCAAAACGAAUUGCUGAUCUUUCGUGCCUGCAUCACACAGAUCCUGAAAUUUAUCAUUAUAUUGCAACUAAAACCAUCAGGUUAUGAAUAGUUGAUAUAUAGUAUUGAUAGUACAUAAUAUUUGUUUAUUUGAAGUCAAGUUCUAUCAAGCAACAGUGAUUUAGUAUAGGAGCACAAAUCUUUAUCCCAAUUGACAGAAAUCCCUGUCGCGAAGGACAACUUUUAGGCCCAUCUCAGUGUAACUAUUUAAUUAAACAUACUUAUAGUGAAAUUCUUCUUAUGAGCGCAUGAAAGGAGCACACAAACGGUACUGCACAUGAACUUGAACUGUUUCAAAGCUCAAGUCCUUCCACAUCUGGGACAACACAAAACUAUCUCUAGUGACCUACAUCCAUUUUCUACAGAAUACAACCUGAACUGCUUCGCUCAACUACAGUACAGCUGAAUGACCAUUUAAACUGUCACUGAGAGGGUUUUGAACCCACGCUACCUGGACAGAAUUCAGACAAAUGAACCACUACGCCAUUAGUGACCUUAUUCAGCAGGUUGGAGUAUCUUACCAUAGCAAUCUUUAUUGAGGAGUCAUGCGAAUGCUGAAAUGACUUGGAACCACUCACACAAACAAAAAAUCAAAUCUCAAACUCAAAUCAUUUGAUCUGGAAAAAUUAUUUCUUUGUUUCAUUUGUGUAAACAGUAAAAGCAAUGAUUUCAUUUUUAAAAGCAUUUUGUUUCUACAUAUUCCUAUGCUCGGAAAAAGAUUCAUUUUCAGGUGACGUGACAUAGUUUGUGCUUAUACGGCAACAGACUGUUUCAAUCAGAUGGCCUACUAAAAUGAGUUUAGUUUUGAUUUUCUAUUUUCCCCAUGAAACAAAGUGGGGCUGUCAUGAAGUGGGCCAUGUUUACAUCUAUCAACAUCUUGUGAAAUACAAAACUAAAUCCAAGGUUCAGAUGAGGUGGGGGGCGGGGGGGGACCCACCUCAAAGAGUGUUGACAUUAUUCAUUUAUAUUGGAUACAAUUGUGCAUCUAUGUAUAUGGUAACCAAAUUUUUUAUUUAUUUAUAAGAAUUUGCCACAUCUGGUGCCUGUUUGUGCAAUGUUGUAAUAGCGUACUAAAAAUUGUUGUUUAAUGUUAACAUGCUCUGUUUUAAGUAUAUGUAGGGUUGCUGUUAAUGUUUAAUGCGUUGACUUUUUUUCUGUGGUUUAGGUUGCUGUCUUGUUUAUAUUAAUGUAAUAAAAAUGGGGAUAUAUACUUGUGUAUGUGUACAUAUAGAAAGGAUAUGAAGUCUCAUGCUUUUGUCAAAAUGCUCCAAGUAUCAAGUGUUAUAGGAUUUUACACCUCUUACUUGCCUUAUUAGCCUGUUUUGGGGAGCAUAAAAAAGGAUGGUGAGGGAAUCAGCUUCUAAUUUAUGAGAAAACCCACUGCCAAGUAAUAGGUGUGGAGAAACUGGGUGGGGGAGGGGCUUAUGAUGUAAAAUAGCCACAUCAGGACUUUGCAUUAUGGCAAAAUUCCAGAUUCAGGGAACAGUCUGUCAUAACUGCAAAAUAUAUAGGUAGAUCCCAAAAGGUUGUGUAAUUUCACGCUUGAUGGUUGGGUACGCACACCAAAUGCCCAAAUAUCAAUAUACGUACAUUUGAAAACGGAAUUUUCCGUAUGUCCCCUUUGAUGACAUUGUGCUUUGAACUGGGAGUCCUCAAGAGACGUUUGCUACACACUAAAAUCCAUAGUAAGCCUGAAGAGGAGUUGCUGCCAUAGCAACGCGGAGUGCUGCAUCUUUAAUAAGUGUUGGACCAGAAAAGAGAAGGGGGAAUACUUUUUUUUUUUUUUUUUAAAUCUUGGUUAUUCCUCAAAGAAGUUUUUUUUUUUUUUUUUUCUCUUCACAAUUGGUCAAUUGGUAUUUAACACAUUGACAAUGAAACACGCCAUGUCUUUUGAUGACUCCCAGCCACCCACCCCAAAAUUUUAUUCAAAACCAUCACCAAGAACUAGUGGGAAUACCAGGAAACAUAAUUAAAAACUGCCCAAUUGAAUGUAUCGGUAUAGCUGAUGGAUGUGAUCUAAAUCGGCUGGUGAGUUGCUCAAUGGUGUGAGUCGGCUUUAAACUGGGAUGAUGUCACAAGGAUGCCAUUAUAGCCAUUCGCUCAAGGUCACUUUUAAAUAAACACAUAAAUCAGUGUUCUUGUUUUUAUGUUUGUAUGAAAGCUGUCUUUUGGAGCCUUUGAAAACAGAGUACAUGCACAUCAUGGGUGUUCAGUGGAGGCAUGAAGGGAGUAUGUUACAAUGGGACAACAUUGUUAUGUUUGUGCUGAUAAUGCUUCUCCAACAUUCAAUUUAUUCACGGAUGCCUGCUGCUGUUUUGUGACUCUGUAUUGACAGGUGAUGUAGCCCAGUGCCUAUGAUUAGACCGAUUCAAAAUAAAGAA